CAUUUUCGUAGUUACACGAAUGUCGACGUGAUUGUUUCACCUUACGAAUCUGACGCGCAGCUGGCGUUUCUUGUGAACGAGCAUCUCGCUGAUGUGGUGAUAACAGAAGAUUCUGAUCUAAUUGCAUUCGCUUGUGAAAAAAUAGCUUUCAAAUGGAGCUGUGAACGAGGAGAUUGCUUGAUUUACGAGAAAAGCCAGUUGCCGCGAUGUUUCACGGGUGUGAUGGGGUCAAAUUUUGACUUCACGAAAUUUCGACGGAUAUGCAUUUUAGCAGGAUGUGAUUAUCUUCAGGCUGGGUUACCGGGUAUAGGUCUUAACAAAGCUCUUUCGUUUUUCUCGAAAACCUCAAGAACAGAUCUUCGCAAGUUGCUACCUCGAAUUCCUCAGUACCUCAACAUGUCUAAGUUAACCGUCUCAAAAGAAUUCGUUGAAGAGUUUAUUCGUGCCGAAAAUACAUUCCUUCAUCAGGUAUGUCUUUCUAAUAUAUAA